AUUGAUGAGAGUUUAUUUGUGAUCCUUGCACUAUAUAAUCCCUGGACCUGGAAGUGAGUGAGACAUGUUACAUUCCAAAAUCAGUGACAGCAACAUGAAGGCAGCAGUUGAUGUAAUCGAAGGUGAUUCCAUGAACAAUACAAACCCAACAGAGAUCACCAAGCCAUCAUCACAUUCACGGUUGCCAAUCUUGACCAAGAUCCAUGUUGGUUACUUUUUUAUAUGCCUUUCUUUUGGUGCACAGGCUUUGCUGUGGAAGAGUUUGAGUAAACACAACCAGGACUCAAACUCUCUUUGGCACGGAUUCAAUUUCAUGCCUUCCUUUGCAUUUCUACUACUUUGGUGCGUUGCACUGUUCGUUGCCACUACUUUAUCUUUACUUUACGUCCUCAAGUGCAUCUUUCACUUUGAUGUGGUGAAAGAGGAGUUCUCACACUAUAUUGGAGUCAACUGCAUGUACGCUCCUUGGAUUUCUUGGCUUCUCAUGCUUCAAUCAGCACCCAUGAUUCUUCAUACAAACUGUUAUUACAGAGCUCUUUGCCUGGCUUUUUCCUUUGUGAUAUUGUUCAUUGAUAUUAAACUUUAUGGACAAUGGUUCACAACUAAAAGGAGGUUUCUGUCGAUUGUGGCAAACCCUACUAGCCAGGUUUCGGUUAUAGGGAACUUGGUGUCUGCUCGAGUUAUUGCAGAAAUCGGUUGGAAAGAGAUUGCAGUUGUAAUGUUCUCCAUUGGAUCGGUAUUCUAUUUGGUUAUAUUCAUAACUCUAUAUCAGCGUCAGAAAAAUGGAAACCAGUUUCCCACAGUGCUAAGGCCGGCUUACUUCUUGUUUUUUGCUGCACCAAGCAUGGCAAGUUUAACCUGGAAAUCCAUCCUAGGUGAUUUUGUCACCCCAUCAAAGAUGCUCCUCUUUCUGUCCUUAUUCCUUUUUAUGUCGCAGGCUUGCAGACCAGCCAUGUUCAAGAAAUCGAUGAAGAGGUUGAACGUUACAUGGUGGCUGUACUCAUUCCCUUUAACCUUCCUUGGUCUAGCUUGUGGGGAAUAUGCUGAAGAUGUGAAAAGUGGCAUGGCCCCUUGGUUAAUGCUGGUUAUAUGCAUGCUCUCCGUCCUGGUUUUCAUUGCUUUGAUGAUCGUCACUGUACUCAGAAUUGAGAUGCUACUCAACAAAAAUGCUCCCUUUAUAAGUUGAAAGGUUGAAAAUAGCCACUGCUCUCUCUCUUGUUUGCUUAAAAAUAAAGAAUUUGUGCAAAAGGAAAAAAAAAAACAUAUCAAUAAAAUUCAAAGUUGUCUGAUAUAAUACAAAGAAAAGUAAGAAAAAAAAAGAAUUCUCUAGAGACAUAAUAUGUCCGUGAUUUAACCAAAAAUUAUAAUUAUAAUUUUUGGAAUAGGUUGUACUUUAUACUAUGUAUUUAUUUUCAAAUUGAUGUUUUUAAUAAAAAUGUUUG